AUGGCUCCCUCCUAUCGCAAUGUCGUGCUCGUCGCUUUGGCCGCCAUCGCCUCCGCCGAUUCUGAACCUACAGUGUGGGGUUCUGUCGCCGUCAUCAUGAACGGCGAGCGCACUCCCCUGCGCGGCGGUCUCGCGAGCACCAUCACACCCCAGGGCGCCCAGCAGAUGUACGGCCAAGGCGUCGCCUUCAGGCAUCGCUACAUUGACGGGACGAAUGCGCAGGACAGCAUCUUCAGGGCGCCGAUCCGCGGCAUCGAAAGGGACACGCUCGACAACUCACAGCUCACCAUUCUGACCAACACCGACGUCCACACCAUCGCCGGCGCCACUGCCUUCCUGCAGGGUCUCUACCCUCCCGUCGAUGACGAGUUUCUGGACGAGGCCGGCGGCGUCAGCCUGUCCUACGACGCUGUGACGGACAACUACACGCAGUACCCUCUCAGCGGUUAUCAGUACCCCGCCAUCAACACCCUCUCCACGCUGGAGGAGACGUCAAUUCCUCUCCAUGGACACAAGGGGUGCUUCAACUGGCUGAAUGCCAUGGACAAGCUGCCCGAGGAUGAGAAUAUCCGCAAGGAGGCCGACGCCACGCUCGAGAGCUACCGGGAAAUCUUCUCCUCGCUACCUCUGGAUGGCGCCUUUGCUGACGACUUUCCCUCAUUCUGGAACGCCUACGACGUUUUCGACUACGUGCGAUACCAAGCCAACCACAACUCCACGAUUCACCGGCAGCUCGAGGAACCCGUCCUGUCGGAGCCUACCCUUGCAUUUCUUGAACGAAAUGCCUUCAAGCAGCAGCUGGCCCUCAACACCGAUAGCUCCCUGUCGGGCGCCUCGACGCGCGACCCUGUUCGAAGCAUCGCGGGCCAAGCGCUCGCCCAGGGGAUCCUGGACGCGCUGGCUGCCGUCGUCUCCUCUCGCGGUGAGACGGACAAGCUCACCCUCAUGUUCACCUCGUUCCACCCGUUCAUUGCCUUUUGGUCGCUCACCCAGCUCUUGACCACCAGCACCGAUCCUUCGUCGCCAUACGCCUCGUUCCCGGCCCCGGGUUUCUCCAUGUCCUUUGAGCUCAUCAGCGACCAGCCCGGCCAGCCCGGCCAAUUCCCCUCGAACGACGAUCUUCGGGUUCGCUUCGUGAUCCGCAAUACAAACUCCUCUACCACCUUCCGCGCCGACAAUAUCUUUGGCACCCCCGUCUCCGAGUACAUCAUGACGCUCGACUUUUUCGCGACCCAGAUGCGCAACAUUGCCAUUGACGUCGGCGAAUGGGCUCCUUUCCGCGGCGCCGAGAAGCGCGCCGAGGACGCCGACGUUGUCGUCUCGCGCGGCGGCGCGCGCCACGAGCGCGUCGGCAGCUGGGAGCUGCGCGACGGGCGCCCUGUCACGGCCGACGAGGCCCACUUCCGCGACAGCAAGUUCAGCGGCGCCGGCCUCGUGUUCGACAAGGAGACGGGCCAGACGAGCGAGCGCGAGACGGCCGACGACGACGGCGUCAGCGUCUUGAGCACUGAUAUUACCGCCCAGCCCGUACGCCCGCGCGAGAGCGUGUAG